AUGAGAGGAGUACUCAGCCUUAAAUUCACGACGGGAAAGAGCACGGUAUAUUCUCGAAUUUUAAAUAAAGUAAGAAGGAAACUGAGAUCAUCAAUUGAAAUCAUCGAUCUCAAUUCCAAAGGAUACGGUCAUGCUGGUCUAAGUUUUAAUAAAAAAUAUGGAAACACGCCAUUACACUGCGCUGCACAAUCAGGCUUGAGAAAAUGUGUUGAAUUGUUGGUCAAUAACGCAUCUCCUAUUUUCUUGGAGAAUAAUGACAAAUUUACACCAUGCGACUUGGCGAUGAGAUCGGGCCAUGAUGAAAUUGCCAGAUUGUUGGAAAGCAAAAUGGUUUUUGCCGACAACGCCGAUAUGGUAAAUGAAGACGAUGAUGUCAUCAAUGAACAGGAGGAAGUUUAUAGUGGUCUUAGAAGUCAAGAUCUCCAAGAAGCUAAAGAUCAACUCUUAGUGGAUACAUCAGACAUGCUUAAAAUACCGCUUUUUACUGCAGAGGCCUUGCUAAGGGACAACGAAUGGUCCAGAGAAGUUCUAUUAGAAAAAUGGAUGAGGGAUCCUGUGAAAUGCUGUCAACUUGCUGGUGUCCAAGCUCCAGCAUCCGCAUUAACGCAUGCUGGCUCAAUAGAUUCAAGCAUAUCGACAGAUACAGGAUCAGAUAAACCUGAAGCCAUGUGCGAAAUAUGUUUAACAACUAUAUCAGCAGACUGCAGUCAACCGUUGAAAAUGUCUUGCAAGCAUGUGUUCUGUGAAUCUUGCUGGCAAAGUUACCUUAAUACGAAAAUACAAGAUGGAGAUGCGCAUCAUAUAUUAUGUCCAGCAUAUCAAUGUCACAUUCUGGUUCCGGUGGAGUUUAUUGAAAAGUUGGUGAGUCCAGAGAUGUCAAGAAGAUACUUACAGUUUGAUAUAGAGGCUUUUGUGGAAAGUAAUAAAACAAUAAAAUGGUGUCCUAUACCUGGAUGUGGUAGAGCUGUCAGACUGCCCGAAGCUGAGCAAACUCCUGGAAAAAGUUCGAGAACUAAGAUACCAAUUACAUCUCAUGCAGUUGAUUGUGGAAACGCUCAUUUCUUUUGCUGGGAAUGCUUAGGGCAAGCUCACGCGCCUUGUGGUUGUGAACAAUGGCAAGAAUGGCAACGAAAAAUAGCUGAGGUCAAGCCAGAAGAGCUAAACACUGCCUGCGCCGGUUCGGAAGAUGCAGCCAAUUGCUUAUGGUUAGUAACAAAUUCAAAGCCUUGUCCAAAUUGCAAGAGCCCAAUCCAGAAAAACGAGGGCUGCAAUCAUAUGAAAUGCUCAAAGUGCAAAUUUGAUUUUUGCUGGGUGUGCCAAGAAUCAUGGAAAAAACAUAGUUCAGCAACCGGGGGAUAUUUUAGAUGUAACAGAUUUGAAGCCGUUCGAAAAGCUGAUGAAAAACAGGGAACUUUACUACAUGAAGCUAUCGAGAAAAGCAGCGAGGUGCAACAGGUCUCUAAAUUUGUUCAUUACUAUACGAGAUUCAGGAAUCAUGAAAACAGUCAAAAAAUGGAGGAACCGCUUUUGUUCAGUGUUAAAAGAAAAAUGGAGGUUUUGGCUAGCAGUCUUGGGAUUACAAAAGAAGAGGCUAUAGAGAAAAGUACAAAGUUUAUUGAGGAUGGAGUAAGAGAAUUAUUAAAAGCACGUAGAGUACUCUGUGGUUCUUAUGCUUAUGGAUACUAUUUGGAAGACGAUGGACACAAUAAACAUAUUUUUGAAUUUAUGCAGAACGAACUUGAAGAGACUACUGAAAAAUUAAGUGAAAUGAUUGCCAGGCCAUAUCUCCGUACACCUAAAGCUGUGAUUAUUCAAACCUCAGCUCUGACGAGAAGAAAAAGACACGAGUUUGUCAGAGCUGUAGCUCAAGGGUUGAUACCUCCAGAAACACCACCAACAUUAAGAAAAAGGAAAAGGAAAUUUAAUGAUGGUAGUGAUACAUCAGUAUGGUUAAAAGACUGUGAAUGGUCUGGUGACUAUGAUACCGAUGAAGAAACUGACUUAAGUGUAACACUGAAGAAGAUGAUUAGGUCUCCAGUUAGAGAACAUGAGUGUGGGUUGCUUUGUAGUAGUCAGGGUUGUGGAACAAGACCGGACUAUAAUGUAGAGCUUAUUAUUGCUCUGGAAAUGUCACGCCUUCAGAUGAUUGAAGAUCGAAUCAAGCAAGCUCAGGCUUCACACUCGAGUGCAGUUCCAAUCACUCCAGACCCCAGUUCUAGUAUAUCUACUAACAGUAAUGAGAGCACAGAUGACCAAUUAAAAUUGGCUAUUCAUUUAUCUUUGCAAGAGUCCACAGCCAAGCUGAGCAGACAAAUGGAACAGCGUGAAGCCAAUGAACGACAAAACGGAUAUCAAAAAAGUAAUGCAGAUUUGACUGUAGAAAACUUUUUAAAGUCUUUGGCUCACCACAAAAUCGAUUUGAAGAGCUUGGAUAGGUUGGAUCCAGAAAGAGAUGUUGGUUUUCGAUCUUGCAAAGGAAAUGAAGAUGGCAGAUUUAAAAUUUCAGAUAUUCAUGAAAAAGGCUUUCCUUUUUGUGAUGACGACUACGAUGACACUUCAGGCCUGAAACGUUGUCAUUCUACAGGAGAUCUGUGCACUCGCAAGACAAGAAGAGGUCCUCUGAUGCGUAUGAACGGUACCGAUGAACCAAGGUAUCACUUGGAUUCCGAUCAUAGCAGUCAGCAUGACGAGAAGCCUGAAGAUAUGGUUCGAAGGUAUUUAGCACUUCCAUCGACAUCACUAAGAAAUAGACAAUUUAUUUUAAUGCAAGAUGCACACCCAGAGGAAGAGUUUUGUCAAGGACAAAGCUCAAUGGAAGAUACAACCACUUCCGAUUCGAUAAAUGCAGACACUGAAGUCUCUGGAAUAUUAAAUUCAGUGACAGAUGAUGAUUUAGGUAGUAAAGUCUACGAUGACGAAAUUAAAAAGACUGAUCAAGUAGCCAAAGAAGUCGAGUGUAAGAAACAUACUCAUAACCCUUUCGCCACUCUCAAGGCGAAAUUGUGUUCAGCCCAUUAUUUGCCAAAAUCUAGUUACCUUAGCCGAAUUGCAGCCAACAAGAGUUUAGGAUUAAUAGGCAACGAUUUCAAGUCUAACAAAUAUUGUGAGCAUGGAAAAAGACGAGGAGAAGGUUCUGGCUCGAUAUUUGGAAGAAAAACAAACGUGGGAGAGUCAAAAAGCGAAAAGCACAGCCCAAAGAAACGACAGAGCGCAGCGGAGAGUAACGUGUCCAAGUCCACUGGAUUUUUGGUCGAUAAUCAGAAGAAAUCUGGAAAAAAUUUAUGUUCUCAAUUGAGAAUAAAUAUAGGGAAUAGUCCUCAGAAAACUGCUUUAGAGACGGACAGUUCCAACGAAUAUGAGAGUGAGACUGGGAUACCGAAAUCUCCAACGCUUUUUAUUUCGGGGGUGUCCAUAUCAAGAACGCCUGAACCCAAAUCACCAGGUAUAAGUUUGAUCCAGAACAGCUCAGGAAGACAAUCCAGGUCGUCCAGCCUCAGCGUGCCCGCUCCUCUGAGCUCCUGCUCUUUGAGCAUCUCCAGCAACAGCCUGAACAACACCUCUCUACCAUCUGAACCAUUCACACCCUCUCUGGUGCGAUCGACUACGCCCGCCUCUUCAAGGUCAAAUGUGACCACGCCCCACGGCAGCCCAUCCAGGUCUGGAAAGGACAAUGGCAAGUCGAAGAGUGCCAGCGAGCCGGAAAGAGAACGGGAGAUGUUCAGGUUUCCAAAAUCUUCAACAGAUGGUGCUUUGAGUUCAGUGCUGCACGUGCAAGAAUCCAACUUGAGUUCGGACGAUUUCCAUGAAGCCUUGUUCUUGUUGGAACGGUCGCCCAAAACUAGGGAUUCAAAGAGACGGAAAAAAUCCAAAAAGAAAGAUAAGGAAGACAGAAAAGAUAAGGACAGAGAUAAAGAAACAGAAGAUAUAAGUUCUGUUCUUUAAGAAAAACAAAUUCUAUGUAAUUAGAUGUAAAGAGCAAAAAAAUGUUUACAUUAACUUUGUUUUGAAGAUGGACUAACCGUAUUCUAAUUCUAUAAAUUGAUUUGUUUUGACCAAACAAAUGUGGCAACUUGACGUUUAUUACAGCAGAGCUCCCAUCUGAAUCCCUAGCGGGAAAUUUAAAUUCCAGUUGGUCAUGUAUGGCACCAAUAAAUUUAAAAAUCGCGCCCACGAUUACGUAACUAAAAGUGUAAUUGGUAGGUAUCGCUUAUACGAAUGAGGUGCGCCACACCUCAUUCGCCUUGAUUGAUUAUUGAUUAUUUGAAAACGGAAAGAUGUAGAAACAAAAUAUUUUAUGGGUAUAUGUGGGAAGGCAAUGUGCAUAAUUUAAAAUUAUUUUGAAAUGUACAGGGUAUGUCAGAACUAAGAUCCAUACCAAAGUUAUAUAUUUUCUUCCAUAACAUCCUAUAUUUUAUUUCAUAUUUAGAUCCUUGGACACAAAACAAGACAUUUCUUAUAAGGAUUUAAUAUAUUUAAAAGCUUUGGUUUUUAAGAUAUUUAAAUAUGCAUCCUAUAAUGAAAAAAAUG